UGAUCACUUCUAGCUGAACCUUGGGUUAACUCACCAUGUUUACACCGUGGGCUAACUCACAUUAGAGUAGCAGCGACAUGUGAAACAUCACAUUUGCCUCUGACCUUUAAAGUACCUCUUGGGUCAAGUUGAUGCGUCAAGCGAGAAGGAAGAAGCGUUGGAAGGAGGAAUGUCGGGAGACGGCGAAGGGGGCCGUGUUACUUUUCUUCGCCAUGCCCAAGGCUGCUCAUUAUCAACAGGAGGGGAGCAAAUGAAGUUUCAGAGUUACCGGCGUCAGUCUGCACCGUCGCUGGUCAUCACCAAGGCUCUCACCAGGUCCAAAACUCUGUCCAGAGAGAGUUUCCUGGUUCCUGCGUGUCCAGAAACCUGUCCGCUGGUCCAGUCCUUUCUGACCGGCUCCAGAAGGUUCUUCCUCCUCUACGGACACGCCCAGCUGAAGACGGGCAUGCAGACCCAGGACAGGCACCUCUUCCUGUUCACUGACAUCCUGGUGAUCGCCAAAGCCAAGUCCGCCAACAACUUCAAGCAGAAAGCCCAGGUGUGGGUGCGUCAGAUGUGGACGGCAGGCUGCGCGGACGAGGUGUGCGAGGGGAGCACGGAGCCGGAGCGGAGCUUCGUCAUGGGCUGGCCCACCUGGAACUGCGUGGCCGUGUUUGGCUCCGCUAAGCAGAAAGAGCGAUGGUUCUCCCUCCUCAAGAGUCGGAUAAAGGAAGAGAAAGAGAAGGAGGAGCCUAAAACCAUCCCUCUGCGGGUCUACGGGAAGGGACUGAACACUUUUGCCGUUACCAAGACCCUUCCUGUCAGCAACUGGGAUUCAGCCAACGAGGUGAUCCGCCUGGCCCUGCAGCAGUUUGGCAUCAUAGGAAAUGUCAAAGACUUCCAGCUGUGGGUCCUCUCCAGGAGGGACAACACGCCUUAUCCUCUCAUUGGUCACGAGUUUCCCUUCAGCAUCCAGAUGAGCCACGUGAGAAACUCGCCGGCUCAGGGCGGCGGCGGUGGCCGGGACGCUGCAGCGCCACUUGCAGACAGACAGGUCGCCGCGCAGGUGGAGCAGAUGCAGGUGUACAAGCAGUGUCAGUUCAUCCUGAAGCCGCGGCCCGUGGAGCCACCUCAGCAGCACGGACCUGCAGCAGGUUGCUCCCAGAAGUCAAUCAAAAGGAGGCGCUCGCUCAUCAACUGGGCCUUCUGGAGGGGCUCCUCGUCUCACCUGAACGAGCUGUCGCAGGCCGGGCUGGCGCCAGGCUGCCUGUUCGGUCUGCCGCUCAGUUCCGUCUGCGUGGAGGACGCUCUGCCCAAACCCGUCAUGGUCAGUGGCACCACUGCUGGACGUCCAGCCUGCUGUGGCACACUCGCACUUUUAAAGUUUUUUGUUUCUGGCUCCGACUGUUUUAAAAAUGGACGAGCUAAGGCCAGGAGACCAGCACACGUCUACCUUCAGUCAAUGUUUUCUUGUCUUUCUCAUUUUGAAGAAUGGGUAACGGGCAGAGCCAAUCUGCAGGAAGUUGAGCCGCUAGCGUUUCCUCUUCAGGACAUGCUGGUGUUUCUGUACCACGAGGGUUCGCGGACGCGGGGCAUCUUCCGCAGGUCGGCGGGCGCGCGGGCCGUCAGGGAGCUGAGGGAGUCUCUGGAUGCCGGACAGCCUCAGCUUCCUCUCACGCGGGACCACGUCUUCAUCAUCGCUGGCGUCUUUAAGGAUUUCCUGCGCAGGCUCCCCGGCAGCUUAUUGGGCGCUGAGGUUUACGAGGAGUGGAUGGACGUGCUGGAGGAAGAAGAGGAGGAGGAGGAACAGGUCCAAGACAUAAAGAGGAUGAUAUGCCGCCUGGCUAAAGAGAACGCGCUGCUGCUGCGCUACCUGCUGGCCAUGCUGCACGCCGUCCAGGCCAACGCCCAGGAGAACCAGAUGACCAGUUUUAACCUGUCGGUGUGCAUCGCUCCCAGCUUGCUGUGGCCUCCAGGAGCGCCCUGCAGUCCUGAGGUGGCGGGAGAAGGAACUAAAAAGGUCUGUGAGCUGGUGAGGUUCAUGAUCGAGCACUGCGUGCAGAUCCUGGGGGAGGAACCGUCCUGCCUGUUCGGCGGGCCUCCGCAGCGACGCAACAGCGAGGAGAGCGGAUCAGAGUCCUGGGUCUACCCUCUGACCGACUCGUCCUACGACAGUCUGGAGAACGAGCUGGACGACAGCAGCGGGGGCUCGCCGGGCCUCUGCAGCAGAAGGCCCCUGAGAGCCAAACCCCUGCAGAGCAGCCUGGACUCCAUCCUGACGUUCAGCGACUACGACCACGACACCGACCCGGACGUCCCUCACGCCGAGGCCCGAGGCCUGCUGGGAGUCCGGCUGCGCUCGGCGGACAGACGCAGGAGGCAGGACCCCCCGGCCGCGGAGGACUCCCCCUCCCUGGAGGCCCGGCGCUCCCAGAGGCGGAGCUCGGAGCCGGCUAUAGUGUACGCUGCCAGGCUGUGUCCGUACAUGUCCGGCAGCACGGACGGGCUGAGCUGCGAGGAGGAAGAACCGGCAGAGAGGCCCAGAGGUCGGAGCGCGAGGAGAGGAGGCGCUCUGGGGGCCAGCUCGUCGAGCUUGUCGUCUCCUCUCGGGUCCCCGGCGCCCGCUCACUCCUCCCUGGACUCUCUGGACUCCCUGAGCACGAACCCGAGCAGACCGACACAUCCACGCUCCAGCUCCGUCCUCCCUGCUCCGACCCCGAGCGUUUGUCCUAAAGACGCGGCGCCCAAGGAGCCCCUCCACAAGGGGGCGCUGAAAGGCUGCAUGGGCCUGCACCCAAACUCGUGGCUGAAGAAGGACCGCAGGCUGUCUCUGACUCAGCAAGAGAGCUUGGAGAAGGAGGAAGACCACAAGAGCGGGGUUGGCUCGGCUGAGAAAGGAGCAACAAGGCUGAUCUCCAACAGCCAGCCUAAAGCCAAAACAACCCGCCGAGGCUCAAAGGACGCAGGAGAGAAAGGGAACCACCGACCCGCUAAACUAGAGUCCUCCAGCCCUUCCUUGCUCCAGAGGGCGGCGGGGAGCCUUCGCCUACCCAAACCCAGCCGGCAGCCCACAGAACCUGCUGCGGCGGUCCAGAUCGGCGACGCGUCUGAAACGAAGCAGCAGCCGCUGUUCUACAAGCACAGCGGACCGUCUCUGUCCCUGUUCAGGCGGCACAAGACCCCCGCGGCGGAGGACUGCGCCAGCCGGCUGUACCGGCGGCGGGGCUCAGAACCGGAGCGGCAGGUGGCGGACCGAGCCGCCGCCGCCUUGGCCCGCGCCAGGCUGCCCAGCGACCCGGGGCUGGAGCCGCCCGAGGCGGAGCAGCCGGGCCGAGGCCGCCUCUCCCCCUGCGCCGCCAAAGCGGUGAGGGACUACUUCUCCUCCCACCCGGGCAGCACUCCUCACAGCAGCCAGGAGGUGGCACUGGCCCAGGGGGAGAGUCAAAGGGAGUGGUUAAAGAGAUGCAGCGAGCCCCCCGCAGCGGAGCCGGACUUGGAGCAGCUCCUGUUCGCCGAAGAGUCUUACGUCUGAUUGUAGGGAGACCAGAGCACACCCCCCCACAUGCGCCCUGUAACCACACCAAACCCUUCUGUAAACAUUUUAUCUGCUACUAUAACUUUUACUUCUUGCAGGUUGCUUAGUGCCUUUAAGGAGAUAUAUAUACAAAAAACACCUGCCAACUUUAAAAGCACCUGGUGAUGCCUUCUUUAUCAAUGAGUCCUGAUUUCAGAAAAGCCGAUAACCGGUCAGAGUGGAUGUUUUUUUCCUUUCC